AUGAGGCCCCUACUAGGAGCCGCAGCAUGCAGCCUGGCAUUGAUCUUCUGGAGCAUCUUUGAGCCCAGCACAUCCCAUGACAAUCCACGGACUAAGAUACCAAAUUUUUAUGGCAUGACGAAUUGCGAAAAGUGGAAUUAUAUUACCCGUUACGUAGCGGUGAAAUUUUAUGUACAUAAAUGGCCAUACGAUCUUCGGGAAUUGCGAGGAUGUGUUUCGACUCCACUUAUAAUGUAUGACAUGUAUUGGGGGUGGCACAGUACCCAAAGAUUCUGCGACUUUAUAGGCCUGUUUGGCCUCCCGCUUUUGCCUUCACCAAUCUAUGGUCAAAACUUCAUAAUAGCCGAUACUUUCCACUACAUUCAAAACAUUAUAGUCGAAGUACCCAAAAAAAUUCACUGGAAAUAUUAUGUGCACUCUUUCGAGAAUGGUGGAACCGAAUCUAGUUAUUAUAGCGCCAAAUGGGAAUUUGCCUGCAUUCGUGAGGGAUGCAGCCCAUUUUGCAUGGAUGUCUGUCUUGACAGUUUUCGAAUUAAAUGUGUAAAAAAUGCUGAAAGAAAUCUUUGUCGAGAGCCCUUUUACGAAGAAGAUGAUACUGAACAUAUAACGCAUUACGCGUACCUGGAACUUCGUUCAUGCAAAAAAGGAGGGCGAUUGAAGUACAAAAAAGUCACGUGCACCGGCGUUAGUAAAUGUAAAGGCAACAAACCUUGUCUUACCAUAGACAAUGUAACAAGUAUACCUGCUGACAAAGUAAAUGUGCGAAUCGAUUCGAAUCUCGUACUCGCGACCGGGGAACGUAUCCUGCGCUGUAUCGUUACCUACCCAAAGGACCGCUAUCUAGAGAAAAGAAUCCUGCAAUCUAACCUAAUCAACUGGCAGUGGCAUCCGAAGUCCCUGGCUAAGGAAGGGUUAUCGCUACAGCUUCGUAUCACACAGCCCAUUUCGCAGAAGUUUGAAGCGAAUUGUACAGUCCGGGGAGGUGCGACAGCCACCUACAUGCUACAACCUCAACAAGACGUUUUUGGUGAUCAUGCUCCUCCUAUAAUUACGUCGGGUACCGAAAACUCUCGGAUUUAUGACACAUCGCGCGUUUUCGAAACUUACCUCGGUGCAUCAGUAACAUGUGCGGUCACCGUUAAUAUGAGCCUUCAUGAAAAUUAUGAAGUUCGGUGGUUUACGCGUGAUCUGGACAGCUCUCGAUUUCUACGUAGGUGCCUCAAUAAGCAGACUCUCUUGCUCGCCAACGAUCGCAUGUCGUCAAAGCUGGAAUUUGCCACGGAUACUAGGCUUGGCAAUUAUGAAAUCAUCUGCAGCUUCCAUCCGAAGCAUUUACGUCAAACCCUCUUCAGUAGAGCAAAGAGGCCGUCUAUGAGCCAGGUGUCUUUACGAAUCAAUUUGCAUCUAAUUCAGGAAUUUAAACUCUCCCCGGAAAACACUAACUACUUGACCACUAACUCUCGUGUGCAGUGCCAUGUCCGCUCACCCCUCCCACUUAAGCCCGUUCUCAUAGCAACGAGGGGAUUUGGCACCCUCCAGGUACUCCCGAACCCCCUUAUAAUUAACGAGGAGAACGCACAACAAGGACGCAUCACAGUGUCCUGUUCACUUCAAAUAGGCCAACGAGCGGCACUUCGCCUGCAACGUAGGUAUACGGUCUUCUUUACCAAACCAACCACAUCUGGUUUGGUGUUGAGUGAUAAAUUUGCCAGCUGCAACCCACAGCUGCUGAUUGGACGGUCGGCCUAUGUGUGGUAUAUACGGCAGCAGGAAGAAAAGGACACACGAUUGCAUGUGCUACCAUACGCCACGCCCGACGUUGUGCUCUCCAAAAUCGUGGAUCAGUGGAGUUUGAGUGGACGGAAUCUGACACUCGGUUGUACGGUCACCUCUCGUCACCUCAAUGUCGAACUGGUGCAUACCUGUGAGGAUACGAUUGAAGGUCAACAGAUACAACAAGACGAUAUACUUCUCCGUUCUCAAAGCAGACUGGUGAGCAGUGCAGUCGUUUUCUUCCUUCUGCAAUUAAUAUUCAUGUUCGGUAUAUUUUGUCAAUUAAUGUUGCUAAGCAUUCCACACGAGCUGAGUGUCCACCUUACUGCAUUGAGACUCAUGGCACGACGAAGAACCUAUCUGGCUCAACAGGAACGACGAGAAAUGAGGAAUAUGCGAUUGAGUAGUCGACAAUUUCACCGUUCGUGA